CGCGUCCCAGGUGGGCCAUGGGCCCCGCGGGGCUCCGGGUGGACGCGCGUCGCGGGCUGCCGCUGCCGCUGCCGCCGCUGCUGCCGCCGCUGCUGCUGCUGCUGCUGCUGCUCCCGCCGCCGGCGCCGGGUGUCACCUGCCCCCCGCCCUCUGCCAUCGAACAUGCGGACAUCCAGGUCAGGAGUCACCGCCAAGGCUCCAGGGAGAGGUACGCGUGUUACUCGGGCUUCAAGCGCAAAGCCGGGACGUCCAGCCUGACCGAGUGCGUGUACAACGAGACCACACGCACUGCCCGCUGGACCAGGCCCACGCUCCAGUGCAUCCGCGACCCCUCCCUGGCUCCACGCCAGCCGCCCUCCACCUCCACGGCAGCACCGGCUGCGGUGACCGCCGAGCUGCAGAGCCCCUCCCCCACUGGGAAAGGCACCUUCACCCACCAGCGACAGUCGGCCUGGAUCAGGGCCAGGCCGGACCUAGCCAUCGGCUCCGCUGACAUCAGAGGUUGA